CAUUGUCAAGUUCUCCACGUUUUGUUUUGAUAACAACAAUCUCGUUGUGGUUUUCCAAUGCUGCGAGCGCAGUCGAAGAUCUAGCUAGAGGCAGAGAACGUUCUCUUCUCCCUGAUCCUCUGGAAAGUUCUUAGCCGAUGGCGAUCUUCUACGCUUUGGUGGCCAGAGGCACGGUGGUGCUGGCGGAGUUCAGCGCCGUCACCGGCAACACCGGCGCCGUCGCCCGCCGCAUUCUUGAGAAGCUUCCGGCGGAGUCCGACUCCAGGCUCUGCUUCUCUCAGGAUCGCUACAUCUUCCACAUACUCCGAUCCGAUGGCAUCACCUACGUCUGUAUGGCCAACGACACCUUCGGAAGGAGAAUCCCUUUCUCGUACUUGGAAGAUAUCCAAAUGAGGUUUAUGAAGAACUACAGUAGAGUUGCCAAUUAUGCACCAGCAUAUGCAAUGAAUGAUGAAUUUUCAAGGGUUUUGCAUCAGCAGAUGGAAUUUUUUUCUAGUAAUGCAAGCGCCGAUACCCUCAAUCGUGUGAGAGGAGAAGUUGGCGAGAUACGCACUAUCAUGGUGGACAAUAUUGAGAAAAUAUUGGAGAGAGGUGACCGGAUUGAGCUUCUUGUUGAUAAGACAGCAACAAUGCAAGACAGUGCAUUUCACUUUAGAAAACAGUCAAAGCGCCUUCGAAGAGCUCUUUGGAUGAAAAACUUUAAACUCCUGGCCUUAUUGACAUGCUUGAUUGUUAUUGUUCUUUAUUUAAUAAUCGCUGCUUGUUGUGGAGGCAUCUCUCUACCGUCCUGCAGAUCCUAAAUUGUCACUCCGGCCAGUUUAUUUAUUUUCUGAGCUCUGCAACUAUCAAGAUCGUUCCUGUCAAUAUGUACAUUGGACGAAACUUUAGUAUUUCAGAUUCAAAUUUAUGAGCUGAGUGGAUAAAUUUGAUAAAGAAUUCAGAAACUGUUACAUUUUCUUGUUUAUGUUGUUUUUGGUUCUGUAUUAUAGAAGUUCACGCUGCAGUCUGAUAAGAUACUAUUCUAUGAUUAUGGGGCAUCCUUCUGUAAAUGUGGAUUUUUAUUAUCUUUGAUAAAUCUAAGUUUAAAUUGUUUUUAGCAUUAGAGAUGAGAAUGAUUA